AAGUGAGCAGACUCAAAACUUCUCCAUCAGGACCGGACGGAGACUGAGAGAAACUGAUUUAUGGACUUUUUUUAAAUCCCAGGAGUUAAAAUAUUAGUUGCAGCACAUGUCUGUGAAAGAGACACAUAACACGGACCAUUUAGUUCAACGGUAAAAAUAAUAAAAAAUGAGUCCGGUGUUGUGUAUUUUGCUCCUCUGUCUGCGGACCGUGGAGCUCCGUCACGUCCACACAGCCCCGGAGGUUCAUCCGGGGUCCGCGCUGGAGACACAGCGGGCGGACGCUGGACAGCCGGCUGCGGGGUCACAGGAGUCUUUCUCUCCGGACAGGACGUCUCUUGAGCGGGUUGGAAGUUCGAAAGUUCCCAACCUGAAGCGAGUCCCCCGGGGAGCCAAAGAUGGGAAUUUCAGAAAAAGAGACCCGCACUCACCGAGCAGUAACGGGCCCCCGCGAAGAUACGACGACCCGAGCGGUUACUUCACCACCACCCCGCGGUCACCCGCCUCCGCCCGGCCGGAUAACAACUCCUCGUCAGGCCGCGGGUCGGGGCUCCUCAACCCGCUGUUCCCAGUCACCGACGGCUCCUACUGGGCGUACGCAGUCAUGCUGCUCGCGCUCGUGCUGUUCGCCACGGGCAUCGUGGGGAACCUCGCGCUCAUGUGCACCGUGUGGCAUAACUUCUACCUGAAGAGCGCGUGGAACUGCAUCCUGGCGGGGCUGGCGUUCUGGGAUUUCCUCGUGCUGUUCUUCUGCCUUCCCGUGGUUGUCUUCCACGAGCUCACCUUGAAAAGGUUGCUAGGAGACCUUUCCUGUCGGCUCGUGCCCUAUCUGGAGGUGAGCUCUCUGGGUGUCGCCACAUUCAGCCUCUGCGCUCUGAGUAUUGAUCGCUUCCAUGCUGCCACUGGCCCCGGGCCCAUUCAGACGCCGAGGGUGGAGCCCUGCCAGUCCAUCCUGUCCAAGCUGUCCGUCAUCUGGGUGGGCUCCAUGGUGCUGGCCGCCCCUGAGCUGCUGCUGUGGCAGCUGGUCCAGGAGACUGUCAGCCUGCCGAUGCUCCCCAGUGACAAACCGCAGAUCCAUCCAGGAGCCUCACUGAUGGCUGCCUUUAGGGCCCGAUCAGACGCGUUCAAGGUGGAUAUCUGUGUCCGUGAGCCGUCUGUGGAACUCCCAGAGAGCAUCUACUCUCUGGUGCUGACCUACCACGAGGCCCGCAUGUGGUGGGUCUUCGGCUGCUACCUCUGUUUGCCCCUGCUCUUCACUCUGGCCUGCGACUUGGUGACGAGGCAAGUGCUAGCCCAGCGUCUACCGCAGAAACCCGCUAUCGAUAAGGUGAGUGGCAGAUGCUCCUCCUCUUCGUCUUCCUCCUCAUCAAAGAAAAAGCAGCCCACGAGAGAGCAGAGGCUGCGCUCCACUGUGAUGGCGCUCACCAUCUUGUACAUCAUAUGCAACCUGCCGGAGAGCAUUUGUAACAUCACCCUGGCGUACGUCUCCGCCCACGUGUCCGCUGCGCUCCCGGCUCUGGUUCUUCCAGCGCUGAGUCUGAUUGGACAGUUCCUGCUGUUUGUGCGUUGCUCGGCGACGCCGGUGUUGUUGCUAUGCCUGUGCCGCUCGCUGGGCCAGGCCUUCAUGGACUGCUGCUGCUGCUGCUGUGAGGAGUGCCUUCCCGACAGCAACUCCUCUUCAUCCUCUUCUGCCUCAACCGCCGCCACCUCCAACCCCUCCUCGCCCACAUCGCCCACUCCAUCCUCCCUGUCUCCUUCCAGCAAAGAUGAGACGUUGAAGAGCUUGUUGGCCACAGAACCAGCAGUGUGCUACGACCGGGCGAAAGACUCAACAGCAACAACAGCUAUCGGGACGCCCUGCUGAGGUCCAGAACUGCAUUUAACCACAUCUAACUUUAAAGGAUCAUUUAGGUUUAUUACAACUUCGGUCUUAUUUUUGUACUUUUGUCCAUCACUUUUAUAAGUAAUAAUAAUAUUGUAGAUCUGGGGGGACUAAGAAGAAGUAUGAUGGGUCGAGAAACACGUCAGGUCGGAGACAAAAGUAUGCACACACUCUGUCUCAGCCAGUUUCUAUGAAGGGAAGUCUUUAUGCUGCACCAGUCAAUGAUAUGUUAGACGAUAGUGUGUUUCCUACUUUGUGGCAACAGUUUGUGUUUGUCCCUUCUCCCGUUUCAACACAACAAUGCCCCCAUGCACAAAACCAGCUCCAUAAAGGAAUGGGUUUCCCAGUUAAAUCUGGGAGAACGUGACUGGCCUGCACUGAGCCCUGACCUCAACCCCAUCCCACCUUUUAUUGGAUUCACAUGUUCAAUUUACUGUAUUUGGGUGUGUUGGGUUGUUCUUGGUCAUGUCGUGUAUCUAAUCCACUUGAUGGCAAUAAAACUAGUUUUGUUGAAGCAGGAAGUGGAUCUGUAAACUGUGUUGGAUGUUGACAUUGUUGACUUGACCGGUCUUAAUGUCUGACUGAUCGUGUUUUUUAAACGAUCUCAGCUAUUAACUUGGCGAGUACAAUACAAUGUUAUUAUCACUGAUAGAAAUGGUGGACUGAAGAAUAAAAGUUGUAAUAGAUUGGAACAGCCCUUUAAUCUAAGUCUGUAGGAAGUGGUGGCCACUGUAGAAGCAGAGCUAGAUGUUUAUAUACAAUAUAGAGUAUGUUUUGUAUUUUAGUGUUGUGCACCUGUGAUGGAUUUAAUCCUUUUUUAGGACUCAUCAUUGUUUUUGCAGGUUUUUUUGAUACAUGUUGUAGUUAUUAAUAAUUCUCUAAUGCUCGUUCAGGAUAUUAGUAUGAUCUGCUCUAAGUACUGUAUGAGAUAGAAACACUGUAACGUUUGAGUUUGGGGGAUUUUAAGUUUUUGUCAGCAGACUGCUGUGAACCUUUUGAGCUGUUGUUGUUGUCUUUUUGUUUUUACUUGAUUUUGCUGUUGCCGUGUCGACAGCAGGUUAAACUUGGGAUGAGAUCAUAUUAGAGAGACAUUUCAGUGUGAAGUUUGACUUGUUUUAUUACUUUUGGUUUAGUAAAGUUUUCUUUAAGA